AUGGACGUCAUUUUCCAGGGUGAGCUGGAGAAGUGGGAGUCUAUGAAGCAGGAGUGGAGGCGCCGCUUCUGUGUCCUCAAGUCAAUGACCUCCACCGGAAAUGCCUUCAUGGAAUUCUACAGGGACAUUCGCACGUGGCAGCAUGAGGACCCGAAGGCUGUGGUGAACCUGCUCAUUAACUAUGAGGUGUACAAAGUGCCUGAUCCGAGGAAGAGGUUCUGUUUUGAGGUCCGGUCUAUGGACAAAGUGAUCCGUCUGUCCGUGGAUAACGUGGACAGUAUGGAGAAGUGGCUGUUCCAUCUGGACGUGGACAUCCGGGCUAACAUGCGGGCCACCAGCGUUCACGUCUCAGCCAACGAGUGCCAGGGUGUUACCUACGUGGUGAAGCCCUACAAAGACUGCGAAGAGCUGAAGAAAUUGAACGCCACUGGUGACCUGUUCCUGCAAAUCACGAGUUCUGAGAUCACGCUGUACCACCGCAUGAGCGGGGAUGAGAUCACGUUCUGGCCGCUCACCUGUCUCAGACGCUACUCCUCCUCAUCCGGGACAUUCACCUUCGAAUGCGGUCGGAAGUCUCCGUGCGGAGAGGGCAUCUACACGUUCGUGUCCAAGGAGUAUGACGCCAUAUUCUCCGUCUUGGACGAGUUUGUCAAGAAAAAAGUCGAGAAGCUUCGCCAAGACCAGCCUCCUCCUCAGUAUGACGAGAUAGAGCGCGGAGAAAGUGGCGGCAUCAGUGCGCCUCCCAGCUACGACACGUUAGUCCACAUCGGUGCCUUCCGGAAGCCGCAGGAGACCGCCGCCUCAGACGCGCCGCCGCAGAACUACGACCACGCCGUACUCACACGUCCGGCCUCCAGGGCCACCGAAGGCGGGGAGAGUUACGACCUGCUGACCCGUGAGUUCGGGCAGCGCACCCGGGGACCCAUGCCCCUGCCCACCGCCGCCGGCGGGGAGGGAGGCGGGGCGGCCCAGGGGGAGGAACCCAUCUACGACAACAAGAACUGCAUCCCGCCCGAGGACGAGGAGGCACUGACCGACCUGUACAAACAUCUGGAGGAGAAGGAAAUGAGUGCUGCUGCACAACAAGGCGCAGCGACACCUGGCGGCCAGCCUGGACCACCAGCCGUCAGGAGACCCCAGGACAGAGGCGACUACCAGUCCGCUAUCAUCAGAAAGUCAUCUGUUGUUGCUGAGAAUCAGGCUCUGGGAGCGGCCGGCGGUGUGCCGAACGGAGCAGCCGAGAAACCGCCCGUAAACGGCACGGUCAUGCUGCCGCCACAGGAGCAGGCAGAGUCACUUUACGAGCGCAAGAUACCCAGUCAGCCGGACAUACCCAGCCGCAGAGUCUCCGUCGAGACCAGCUCACCCUCAAAUCACCCGGCCCCGCCCAAGGUUCUCGGCAAGUCUGCGAGCGAAGGGAACAUGAACACGCCGGGGAAAGACGACACCGAGAAAAAACACAAAAAGAAGCCGUCCCUGGCUAAACGUCUCAGCAAGCUGUCCUUGUACGACAAGAGCGGAGACAAAGAGCUAAAGGAGGAACUCAACCCGGCCCAGUAGACCGACUCAUGAAAUGUAUCAGUUGUGUCCACUGUUCUA